AUGCUUAGUUUGAUUAAGAUGAAAGAAUUUUCUAUAUCUUUUAGGAAUAAAUGCCAGGGAAGAAAGUUUGAUAAUGAUGCUGCAGUGUAAGGUUAUUAUAUUAAAAUCAGAUUUUAUGCUGCCUAGGUUGUUCUUUUUCUUGAAUAUUUGCAUUCAAACCGUAUAUUAUAUCGGAGUUUGAAUUCAUAGCAUUUAAUGAUUGGAUCUGAUGAUUACCUAAGAUAAAUUGUUUUUAUUUUACAGUAUUACACGAAAGAAAAAGAACAGCUUCAUCUAUAGGGCAUAUAGAGUAUUCUGCUCCAGAAGUUUUAGAUAAUUUAGGACACACAUUCUCCUCUGAUUGGUGGUCAUUGGGAACUGCGUCCUUUUGAGAGGGGUGAAGAUGAUCUUUUUGAUCUUCUCAGAAAAAUUCAAUAUGGAUAAUACAAAAUGCAUAAUUAUUUUUCAAAGUAAAUAAUUAAUUCCUUAUCAAAAAAUUUGAUUUACAACUUGUUAUAAGUUAAACCAUGGGAUAGGGUUGGAAAUCUUAGAGGAGGAAUAAAUGAUAUCCAAAACCAUAUGGUUUAAGAAUAUUGA